GCGACUUCGGGAGUUGGGGCAGCUCCUCGCGCUCGGCCCUGCCUCGGUGGAGACAGCUCCGCCCGGGGCUCCUAGUUCCCCCCAGCUGUGGGCGCCAAGGGGGCGCACCGACCUUGGAGCGCCCAGGCGGUCCUGAGGUGGGCGAGGGGCGAGCUGCCCGGAGCGUGGAGAGCCAGGCCGGCUCGGAGCGUGCUGGAGACUCCCCAAGCGCCCGGCGCCCUGGCACCAUGAGACCCGCCGCGCCUCCUGGCCGGCCCCGGGCUUUGCUCUGCGCUCGCUGAGCCCCUGCCCUCACCUCUGCGGAAACUCGGAAAGAGGCGAGACGCUGGAGAGCGCCGCGGGAGACGGACUCGACUUCCCCUCUGCCCCAGGAGGCUGCUGGUCCCGGGUUCCCUGGGCUUGUGUAGCUUAAUCAUGAACCUGGCGCACGCUUGCCUGUAGGAGAAAUUGAGACGCCGGAGGGAGAGUCGCGGCAAUUGCUUGGGUUGCUAAGGGUGAGUGAAGACGCUCAGGAUGGCUCAGGGAUCUGGGGAUCAAAGAGCCGUGGGAAUUGCUGACCCAGAGGAGAGUUCUCCAAACAUGAUAGUCUACUGCAAAAUUGAAGACAUCAUUACAAAGAUGCAAGAUGACAAGACAGGAGGUGUGCCCAUCAGAACUGUCAAGAGCUUUCUCUCCAAAGUCCCCAGUGUCACCACAGGUACGGACAUUGUGCAGUGGCUUAUGAAGAACCUUUCCAUUGAAGACCCAGGUGAAGCCAUACACCUGGGGAGCCUCAUUGCGGCACAGGGCUACAUCUUUCCCAUCUCGGACCACGUGCUCACCAUGAAGGACGACGGGACUUUUUAUCGCUUCCAGGCUCCUUACUUCUGGCCUUCGAACUGCUGGGAACCUGAAAACACUGACUAUGCCAUCUAUCUCUGUAAGAGGACAAUGCAGAAUAAAGCAAGACUGGAAUUGGCAGAUUACGAAGCAGAAAACUUAGCAAGACUCCAGAGAGCCUUCGCCAGGAAGUGGGAAUUCAUCUUCAUGCAAGCAGAAGCACAAGUCAAGAUUGACCGGAAAAAGGACAAGACAGAAAGGAAAAUUUUGGAUAGUCAAGAACGGGCCUUCUGGGAUGUCCACAGGCCGGUGCCAGGCUGUGUGAACACAACAGAAAUGGAUAUCAGGAAAUGUCGACGUCUGAAGAACCCGCAGAAGGUUAAAAAGUCAGUGUACGGUGUGACGGAAGAGUCCCAGUCCCAGAGCCCCGUGCACAUACCCAGCCAGCCAAUCAGGAAGACUACGAAAGAUGACAUCCGGAAACAGAUCACAUUUUUGAACGCACAGAUCGACAGGCAUUGUUUGAAAAUGUCCAAGGUGGCUGAGAGCCUGAUCGCCUACACGGAACAGUAUGCGGAAUACGACCCCUUCGUGACACCCGCCGAGCCGGCCAACCCCUGGGUCAGUGAUGACAUCACUUUAUGGGACGUGGAGAUGAGCAAAGAGCCCAGCCAGCAGCGAGUGAAAAGAUGGGGCUUCUCUUUCGAUGAGGUCCUGAAGGACCAGGUCGGGCGGGACCAGUUCCUCCGAUUUCUGGAGUCUGAAUUCAGCUCAGAAAACCUCAGGUUCUGGCUGGCUGUCCAAGACCUCAAGAAACAACCCCUGCAAGACGUGGCCAAGAGGGUGGAAGAAAUCUGGCAAGAGUUCCUGGCUCCAGGAGCCCCGAGUGCAAUCAACUUGGAUUCCCACAGCUAUGAGAUCACCAGUCACAAUGUCAAGGACGGAGGGAGAUACACGUUUGAAGACGCCCAGGAGCACAUCUACAAGCUGAUGAAAAGUGACAGCUAUGCCCGCUUCCUCCGGUCCAACGCUUACCAGGACCUGCUGCAGGCCAAGAAGAAGCCAGAAAGUGAGCAAGGUCGUAGAACCUCCCUAGAAAAGUUCACUCGCAGUGUGUGCUGCUGGCGCAGAGUCAGAAUGGCCGCUGCAUUUCAGCCCCGAGGUGGCUUCCUUCCAGCAGUGGGGAAAAUCGCUGGCGGGGAAGCGAUUCACCGGCCUGACCCAGUCCUCCUGAGCGUCCCCACCGCAGCGCCCGGGCCCGCGGACCCCACGGGCAGGCGGCGGCGCUCCACGUCCACGGACAGAGUCUCCUUGAGGGGAGAUCUAGUCACGGUGAAGGAGAAAGAGUGAGGACGACAGAAGCAAUGAUGGGGAGACGUGGUGGGUGAACGGGAAGACCAGAAAGAGUUGGUCCCCGGAGCCUGGGGGCGACCAGGCAGACUGCUGGUUACGUCCCCCUCUCCCUUGUACAGCUGGGCGCCAGCACUCUGCUCUGCAAGACGCCCUUGCAUCUGACUCAUCCAGGGGAGAAUGCCUCGCAGGGCUCCCGUGGCGAGGGUCGCCCGAGUUGUAUUCUGAUUAUGCUCGCUCCCCUCGCCGGCUCGGGGACCAUACCUUCCGGCAAACCCAAGAGGGACGAGAGGAGGCUGGGCACAUCCAGUAGUAUUACGCAGCAGCUCCGCGCUCUCCCGCCCGUGCACCCACAGCACCUGCCUAGUUGCGCCAUCCGCCUCCCUUGUGUCUCUUGCAGCCACCCGGCUCUAACAGGGCUGCCCGCGCCAGACACCGCUCUCGUAGUAAACGUCCACCCACAUCUCCGGCACUAAAGAAGCGGCAAAGACGGCUCCAACCCAUGUGCUUGUUCGCCCGGCCCCAUCCUUUGGGAGUGGUCUCCGCCAGCCUGGGAGCUGCCCUGGGGCCCAGCCCUGGAGGGAGCCCCUCUGCAAAUGAAGGAACUUGGUGAGCAGUCCUCGAGGGCCUGUGUCCACCUUUUAAGAAAUUAUUAUCUCAUCGUUUACUCUGUUUUUUUGCCCCCUUGCGCCUUGGUUUGUUUUACUCAACAUAGACAUGGCCACAGGCUCAGGGGCCAUUGGGAUUCUCCCCUCUGGCAGCCCCAUGUGGAAGCUGGGAGAGACCUCAGCCCCAGAAGGUGGCUGGAUUUCAGGGCUGGCAGCCCCCACCUGCAUGGCGUCAUCCUGACAGGCACAUGGCCAGACCCUCACUGGGUCAGGUCGCAUAUAUCUGAAGCAAGUGCGAGGUAUGCUGCAGAGCGACCAGGCCAGCCCCACGUGGUUCCCUUCCCAGUCUUGCUCCGAAGGCCCAAAGCACUCCAUGAAACAAAGUGGGUUGUGUAGGAGAAAGCAAAACCUGCAAAAAAUUCCUGUGUUCCCUUUGUAUGUCCCCAGUGGCUGUGAGGUCAUAUAAGCGAGGCACCUGCUCAGAUGCCUGACGCACAGUAGGUGCUAAGCGAAUGGUAGUAAAUACUGUCACCACUGUCCUUGUUAUUAUUGUGACACCAGUGAGCCCUUGGAGAGAGCUGUGUUAGGAGUCUGUUUUUGAAUCCAGAUGCUACCUCCCCAGCUCGCCAUCAGGAAAACUCCCCCACCAGCGUAUAUAAACAAACGACGUAGGAGCAACACCAUGAUCACUGCUCCUCCUCUAGGGUAGACAAACCCACCGGCCGGCAGCCCAGGAUUCAUGGGCUUGUUGGAAGUCCCAGCCUCCUCCUGGCUACUCCUCCAUCACAUGUUCUGCCCCCCUCCAAGCCCUGCCUGCACCUGCUCUGCUCCCCGCUCCUCACAGCGGAGCCGCCACAGGCAUCAGGCGACUCCACCACGGAUGUGUCUUCACCGCUCCACAGUCUCCCCCCCAGCAGUGGUUCCUCUCUCUUGCAGAUACAGUGGAAGAAACCAGAGAGGGAACGUACAAGGUCACUUUAAAAAGUUUGUGGAAAAUGCAAUUAAAAGAGCAGUUUGGUUUUAGUGCAAAGAAGGUUGAAAUCCCUGCACAUGACUGCAAAAUGCAUAGCCUGAAAAAAAAUUAUGCAUGGGGUUUCAGAAUUUCUGGUACCAAGAUAAGCACCUUUUAAUUCCAUUUUCCACAAACUUUGGAAGGACCCUCAGCGUGUGACCUCAGAGUGUCUCCAAGGGUAGCAGUUUGGAUCCAGAUUCCUGUCAGAUGCUCCUUCCUGCUCAGCACAGAGUUGGACUCUGUAGACACUUAGUACCUAGUUGAAUGGUAAAUGUACCUAGUAAUUGUAAAUGUACUUAGUACCCAGUAAAUGUAAGUACUAGGUACUUAGUACCUAGUUGAGCAGUAAAUGGACACUGUGAAGCCUUCUCCCAAGUUAUGGGGUCUUUCACUCCCCUUUCCUGGUUCCACCCUCCUUCAUUCCCUUCCUCUUUUUCGUACACACCUCCCAUCUGAGGACAAAUGACAAUCCAAGCUUAUCUGCACCCAGCAUCGCCCACAGCAAGCUCCUCCCUCCCAAGAGCCCUAGGCCAUGCCAGCUCUGAGGCCUAGGAUACAUGGAACGAGGGUAUCCCAAGCAGUAGGCACCUCUGGGCCAUUGGGUAUUCAGGACAAAGGGUCUCACUGCUUCCUGCUGCCCUUCCCCCUCCACAGGCUGCAGACAUGGCAGGGUGGCUGUCCCAGCCAUGACUCCUCUACUCUGUCUCCCUUUGACCCUCAGCUGCUGCUCCUGAGCUAUGCUGGCCUGAGACCUGGCCUCAUCCUGGAGGUUCCCAGAGGGCCACCCGCUGCCCUCAAGCCAGGUGGACUGUGGCCCUGAGAUGGAGCAGGCUGGAGGGUCCCGGACACCUCCGGGGAUACCCAGAGGGGAGGGAGGGCUCAGUGGAGGUCAGAACUUUCAGGUUGAUUCAAAACCACAGCAAUAAACCCCUCAGGCCCAGCCCCUAAGGAAGGCAGGUUUGACCCCCACCUCAUGCUCCAUAACAGAUCAAGUGAGAGGCUUCCAAGAAGGGAAUGGAACAAGUUGUUCAAGCCAAGCUGGCCAGUUCAAGGUCAGUCUAUCGUGUACCUGCUAACGCAAGUACAUUGGAAAAUCCGAUCUGAUCUUCCACUUUGGACGGCAGUUUGAUAGCAAAGCAGAGGCCCCUGCCCCAUGCUGCCCCCCACCAAAAAAAAAACUACCUGGGCUCCCCUGACUGGGUGUGGCCUCUGGACCCAAGACUCCUCCCCACGGGACAAACAGCAUCUUGGCAGCCUCACAGCCGGAGCAUCCGGGCAUCCUUAGCAAGGAGACCGCCCACCCAUCAGGUCAGACACACAAAGGCACCAAAGCAUGGGGCCUCUGCCCACACAGGGAAAGGCUAUUUUUGUCAGAGUACAGCUUGCAGGUUGGCGUGAAUAAAUGACCAGCAGCCGCCAGAUGGCCUGAGCAAGCGGCAGAACUCUCUGGGCUGGGGAGACGGCUCCUGCACGUCCCGAAAGCGAUGCAUCUGCUUUGUUCUCCUGGGCAGGUGUUGCUGUACCCAGGAGCGAGGCGGGGCCCAGCUGCCAGGGCAGGCCCCCGAGCCCGUGCUGCAGACUUUCCCCUUCUGAGAAGCCAGGUAGCAGCCAGCGUCCCAGGAGGGGCUGCUUUCUGGACUAGCUGAACACAGGGGGACAGGCUAUGAGGCUUCUGCCCUGGCAGGAUUCCUGGUAUGUUCAAACUACCUCACCCCAGGACACUGAACCAGGAGCCUGCCACCCACGUGGCCCCCUUGCUGGUGGUGGAAGGCCGUGCGUUUCAUAAAAUGCAUCCUCCUCCCCAUUCUGUUCCAAGUGCAUGGGCUUUGGAAGCCACCACCAAGAGCCUCCCCCGAAAGUACAAAGGACUGAGGGCUGCUGGUCUUGGGGCCUUACAGGGCUGAGCUUCCAGCAAGAUCCAGGAGCUGGGAGGGUGGGGGUGGGAGGGGGAGAUACGGUGCCACCAGCCUCUACGUAUGCAGCAAGGACCAUGGGCAAGAGUGAAUGGUGGCCAAAUGAAUCACUAAUAACUCACCGCAGGACCCUCUGAAAGAGGCCUGUGCUCCUGUAACCAUGGCAACAGCAGACGCCAGCAACCAACUCAUCAGUCCCUCCCAGUGAUGAGGCAUCCCGCCUGCCGCGAAGUAGCAAAGUAGCAAAUGUAGCAAUAAGGGGACUGGGGGCCAUGGAGGGACCGGGGCCAAACGGCCCGGCCUCAGCCGUCUCCCCUGCCCCCACGAAGGCUCAGAGCCAGCUGUCCGGGGAAGGGACCCUGCUCACGCCGAGGGCUCCUGUCCCACCUUCUGUGCCCGGUCACCGCAUGAUCACGGACACGCCGGAACAGCCUCCUCCUAGUGCAUGUGGUUCUCAUUAGUUUAUUUUUCUGGAAUUUGGGGAUCAGACCCCAGAACCAAACAUGCUAAUAACAGUGAAAAAAAUAAAUGACUUGAACCCACUACAAUACAGCUAA